AUGAAGCCAGAGGUGGAGGCGGCCGCAGGCCACCUUUGCGGAUUGCUGGCAGGCGACGCUCCUCAAGCACGAGACAUGCUUCAUGCCUGCCUAUGCCAGAGCCUGACAAACAGGGUGGCAACCUCUACAUGGGAUGUCUCUGCUCCAGAGAAAGGUUCGGCAGCCCGCGCGCUGGUUUGUCACGAUCACGAUGGAGGAGAGGGCAUCGAUGCUUGUCUACUCCAAGCAUGCAAGGACGCCAACAUCAGCGCUGAAAAGCUGCAGCCCUUCACACUUUGGAUUGAUCCCGGCUGCGUGGCCGUUCGAAUGGGCCUCGGUCCAGGCACCGCGCUUGCCGUCAACGCUCCAAAUGCCCAGCUUUUGAACAGCUCAGGAUCCUACGGCACCACCGUGACAGUCAUCUGGGGCUCGCUGCCAGUCGCCGUAUCGAAUCGCGCCUCGCCUGGCCCAGCAUUGAAUGGGAUAGCUGUACCGUCGGUCAGCAUUCUGCCUUCGACUCCCCAGGCGAUCCAAUCAGGAGGGGUGUCGACGAACAAGGCCGGCCUCAAAGGUCUCGGGCGUCCGAUUCGCAUCGUCGAUCCCAAUGCCAGUCUGCAUGACCCAGCACUCGCUCACGGUCGCACCUCAAGCACGUCCUCCAACAACUCCAUCUCAUCUUUUGAUGGAAGCGAAAGUCUUGCCGGCGCUGCUUUCACAGCUCGCUCGUUCAGUCAGGCAAGUUCUGCUGGUAGCAGCUCCGCCACGUCUGUUGAGACUGGCAUGGAUCGUCUUCAUAGCAAGGACGCGAGCUAUCAUGAUGGCAGUCUGUUCGAGCGAGACAGCGAGGCGACUUUCCACAGCCGUGCCAAGGAGUGCGGCGUCAACGGUCUAAUCGAUGCUGGCCUCGACGACGAGACGAUCACAGCCAUGCAAGAUGUCGACGAAACGUUAAAAGGUGUACCUCGCAGCGACAGCACCGAUAGCAUGGACUUCAAGUUCCCCAAAGGAGACUGCUCGACAUCAGUCAGGCGACAGGUCGCGAAAAAGACGAGCGGAAGCGUCACGAGCUCCACGCCGAGUGAGAGCCCGUCGAGCGGCGGUCACAAGAAGCAGAGUCCGAGCGGAUCAUCCCUCAAUUACACCACGCAUGAUAAUGGCAAUGUCGGUGUGCUUGGGGGUGGUGUGCGCCUUGGAGGCUCUUCCAAGCCAUCUUCUCCUGUCAAGAAUACGAGUGCGCCAACUCGUGCUACCGUGGCUCAGCUGCUCCAGAAGCACCCUUCCUUGCAGCAACAGGAAUGGGCACCACGCAGCGCGCCGACCCGCACGGUCGGUCUACCUCCGUCUCGCGCUGCCGGCGUGCCAUUGCCAACCCCGAAUGCAGUCUAUCAGCACCACUCGCACUCCCAGUCCCUGUCGUACUUGCACCAAUAUCAGUAUCCCCAGGCUCCGUACCACGCACCUGGGCAGAGCAACCAACAUGCGUUGCGCCAGGACGCACCUUCUUUUCAUCCUCAAGCAAGUCAUCAUUACCAGAUCAAUCAUCCACCAUACCCCUCUCAACAAUUGCAACAGCCACCGCCGCAGUCAUACGACACGCCUCAGCAUGGUAACCUGCAGCAGUUGCCAGAAGUGCAACAGCGCGGUUACGCAGGUCAUCAGCAGUACUAUUCUGGUGUAGAGGGCCUUUCGGCUCCUCCGCCAUUCGGCGCUCCUUCCCACAAUGCUUUCCCCUCCCACCCACCUUUCGCUUCCCCUCAUCACGGCCUUCACCAUCUGGGCAUGUACGGUGGCAUGGUCAACACUCCCAGCACGACCUGCGGCUCCAUCACCAGCAGCGCACCAUCUUCUUCGCACUUUGGCUUCCUCUCGCUCGAUCCAAACGGAAUGCCAUUCCCCCAUAUGAAGAGGGUGCGUUCUCGUGGACGGCGAAGCAGGGGUCGCGGAGCGGGUCGUGCUGCACGUCGUCAAGCGGCAGCUAUGAAGGCCUUCAACGACCUGGCCGAGCAAGACGGCGCGCACGGACUUGUGCCUUUGUACUGCUCGACGGAAACGUUGGACAUGAGCAGCGACGAGGGUGAGGAUAAUGAGGACUUUGAAGACGAAGAUGAAGCGCAGGAAUGCGUCCUUGGUCUUCGAUUCGACGAAUUGUCCCUCGCUCCUCGGCGCGCAGAUGAUGCCGAGGAUGUCAUGGCCGUCGUCCGUGCUCGCGCAGCGGCCGUCGACUCGAACAUUCAACGAAAGACGAAGCCGCAAGGGACGACUGGUCCAAGCGAUGCAGAAGUCAUGUCGAUCGUGCGCGAGCGUGCUCAGGCCGUCGCGCACGGUAUUGCAAGUCGAAGCAGAGAAGCCUCGCUGAAUUGCAAGCACGAUGCUGCACCUUGGGACACCCACCUGCGCACUUUGACCGCUACUCCUCGUCCCUAG